AAAUCUUUCACAAUAGCUUAAAAGGUCAUGGCCAAAUUUAACAAGAAAGAUGAAGGAGUGUUGUAAAUCUACUUGCCCUCCCUCAGUAAAAACAGGAGUACUGGUUAAAUGACAAAUGGGUGUGUCAAGAUCAGGUUUCGUGCUACAAAUAUCCUUCCUGGACUGGACUGUGGCACUGCAGACUUAUUAAACUAUAAGAAGAAAUUGAGGGACAGCAGCUUCACAGCAAACAUGAGUAAAGUCUUGGUCAUUGAGCGCUGUGAUCUGGACAUUAAGAGGAACAGCCGCAGUCAUCAUACAGAGCUGUGUGCACAGGAGCGCUUGAUUGUCAGAAGGGGACAGCCCUUUAACAUCAUGUUACAUCUGAAAUCUGGCAGCAAAGAGUUCAAACCGGGUGAAACAAGCUUCACGUUCAUCGCUGAAACUGGUCCAUUACCCAGAGAAGAAUCAGACACUAAGGUUUCCUUUGGUCUACGUGACUCCACAGUUGACACUGAGUGGAGUGCGUCUGCCACUAAUGAUCCUUCUGGAAACACAGUAUCUGUAUCUAUCAGUUCCUCACCCAAUGCCCCCAUAGGGGUCUAUUCUCUGACUCUGGACCAGGAGGGGCAGAAGACCAGUUUAGGACAGUUCAUCCUGCUUUUUAAUGCUUGGUGUCCAAGAGAUGCUGUUUACAUGCGCAGUGAGACAAAGCGCCAGGAGUAUGUUUUAGCACAACAUGGGCAGAUCUACAAAGGAACAUAUAAACGAAUCAAAGGGAUACCCUGGAACUAUGGACAGUUUGAACCAGGAGUAUUGGAUAUCUGUCUGAAGAUCCUCGAUACAAACCCCAGAUUUGUGUGUGAUGCUGACAAGGACUGCUCUGCAAGGAGAAAUCCCAUCUAUGUGACCAGGGUGCUCAGUGCAAUGGUAGGUCCACCCUUUGGUAAGAGCUGAGACCAUUUGAAUGCA